AUGGGAGCUGAAGCUGAGGUUGUGAUUCAAAAUAGCGUUCCUUUCUUGGAUAUGCCAUGUUCUGAAGUGGAUGUCAAAUCCCCAGAAACAUCUGUUCUACAAUUUGUUCCCAGCAUUCGUUCUGGUAGUUUUGCUGAUAUUGGGCCACGAAGAUACAUGGAGGAUGAGCACAUAAAGAUUGAUGAUCUGUCUGCACACUUUGGUUCACUCUUUAGUUUUCCCAAGCCAAGUGCAUUCUAUGGGUUAUUUGAUGGCCAUGGAGGGCCUGAGGCAGCAUCCUAUGUUAGAAAAAAUGCAAUCAGAUUCUUUUUUGAAGACGCUAAAUUCCCACAAACUUCUGAAAUUGAUGAUGCAUUUCGGUUAGAGGUUGAGAAUUGUCUAAAGAAAGGAUUUCUUCUGGCGGACAUGGCUUUGGCUGAUGACAAUAGUGUGAGUACUUCUUCUGGAACAACUGCUUUGACAGUUCUUGUACUUGGAAGGCUACUAAUGGUGGCAAACGCAGGAGAUUGCCGAGCUGUUCUUUGCCGGAAAGGAGAGGCAAUUGAUAUGUCUCAAGAUCAUAGACCUAAUUAUGCAUCAGAGCGAAAGCGGGUAGAGGAAUUGGGUGGGUUUAUUGAUAACGAUUAUCUCAAUGGUGUUCUGUCUGUAACUCGGGCUCUUGGGGAUUGGGACAUGAAGUUGCCUCGGGGUUCUCCUUCCCCUCUUAUUGCAGAUCCAGAAUUUCGUCAAAUUGUACUGUCAGAGGAUGAUGAAUUCCUCAUAAUGGGGUGCGAUGGGAUCUGGGAUGUUAUCUCUAGUCAACAAGCUGUUAGUCUAGUGCGUCGUGGGCUGAGACGACAUGACGACCCCGAGCAAUGUGCCAAGGACCUUGUGAUGGAGGCCUUGCGUCGCAACACUUUUGACAAUCUUACAGUCAUCAUAGUUUGUUUCACUACCCUCGAUCACCCAGAACCAUCACCAGCACGCCAACGAAAAUUAAGAUGUUGCAGCCUGUCAGCAGAGGCUCUGUGUAGCUUGAGGAUUUUUCUUGACGGGAAUGGAAACAAAUGA